UUCACCGUGUUAGCCAGGAUGGUCUCGAUAUCCUGACCUCGUGAUCUGCCUGCCUCGGCCUCCCAAAGGCCAGUGCUUUGUUCAGAAACCUCGGUGACUCCCUGCUACCUACAGAAUACAGUCCAAAUUCCCUGGCUGAGCAUGCAAAACACUUCAUGACCUGACUGUGCAAGUUGCCUGCCUCUUCUCAUGACUCACAUGUGCUAGUGAAACUGAAAAUAACAUGCCUUAAAUGUUCCUGCUUCAGCUAAUAAUCUGGCAUAAUUUUUCCUGGCACCUUUGUUUGCUGAAAUCCUUUCUGUCCUUAUUUUAACUCUUUUGAGGCAUUUAUCAAGUUCUGUCACUUAUUUUAACUACUUGGUAACGUGUCUUUGCGACUCCAUACUGCAUUAAAUUGUCAGAUGCUCAAAGCAAACACCAUGUUUCAUUUAUCUUUGUCUCCCCAUCCCCCCCUUCCCUGCCACACCCAGUCCCCUGCACACACCUAGCACAUUACUAGGGAAACUUGAAUUGAGGUAAAUCAAAUCGAAACCUACUCCAGGAAUCACUUUCUCAAAUUAUGGUUAUACAUUUUGACAGCUGGAAAUUAUCUAAGCAAAUCAUCUCAUUUUACAAAUGAGAAAACCAGAGGUCAGAGAGGUGAAGUUACUUGCCCAGUCUUUCUCAGCUGCCCUUAAAACAGUUUUUUUGUUUACACUGCUCUGGUAACACCACUUGCAGCCUUGUCAUAGGUAGAUCUAUUUUCAUGUCUCCUCUUCUUUCCUGGAUGCAAGCAUCUUAACCUCGACACGUUGCUCUUUCGGUGAUUUUAGUGUGUCAUUUUGAUGCUGGAAAUAUAGAUGGGGAAUAGAGCCAGCUUCAGCAAAUUCAUAGCUACAGCGCCUGAAUGGACACUAGAUGGCAGUACGACAGACAGACUCCAAUUGAGGUUUCAACAGUGGAACUGAACGUUCAAGCCGGAAGGAACCUUAGACACCAUCCAGUCCAACCCCUCAUUUUUUUGCAGCAAACAAAUAAAAAACCCCAAGAACAAGAAAUAGGAGUGACUUGCUCAGUAAUUGUUGAGUGGCAAAUCAAAUGAUGCUGUUUGGAAAAAUUUCCCAGCGGUUGUGUGGCGUAAAGAAACUCUCAUGGUCAUGUGACUCCAGAUACUUCUGGGGCUGGUUGAAUGCAGUGUUUAAUAAGGUGGAUUAUGAUCGCAUCAGGGAUGUUGGCCCUGACAGGGCGGCAUCCGAGUGGUUGCUGCGCUGUGGGGCCAUGGUGCGCUACCAUGGCCAGGAGAGGUGGCAGAAGGACUACAACCACCUUCCAACAGGCCCUCUGGACAAAUACAAGAUUCAGGCGAUCGACGCCACCGACUCUUGUAUCAUGAGAAUUGGAUUUGACCACAUGGAGGGCCUAGAGCAUGUUGAAAAAAUAAGGCUGUGCAAGUGUCAUUAUAUCGAGGAUGACUGUUUGCUGAGACUUAGUCAACUUGAAAAUUUACAAAAAACCAUAUUGGAAAUGGAAAUAAUAUCCUGUGGGAAUAUCACAGACAAAGGCAUCAUUGCCUUGCGUCAUUUAAGGUAGAUGAUCAAAGCCAAAGUGGAAACUUGACAAUGCUGUUAAGAAACCUCAAAUAUUUGUUGUUAAGUGAUCUUCCUGGAGUAAGAGAAAAAGAAAAUCUUGUCCAAGCCUUUAAGACAGCACUGCCU